AUCACGCUGAAGACAUGAACUGUCUACUGAUCCUCUCCUGCCUUGCCUUCGCCGGCGCAGCCUACGGUGAGAAAAUGUCCACGUGUCUGCCAAUGUCUGCCUUUACAUGAGUUGCAGGAUACCUCAGGGUGCUUUUUUUAGUCGUUCAGUUUUUAUUCUUUAUUUGUAUUCACAGGUUUUUUUUCCCUGUGAAGCACAUUGUGUUGCAUUCCAUGUCUGAAAAUCUACUGUAGAAAUAAAGCUUGAUUUGAUUUAUUUAUCGGGUAAAAUAAAUAUUUGACAUGAGUGACUGCUCUACUCAAUAUCAUUUCAAGUGGUACUACACUAGGGCAACAUUGUGUUUAUAUUCUGUAUAGAGGAAACUGCCAACUGUUAGAAUCUAUUAGAGCAGCCAAACCAGACUAAUAUCUGUCUCUGUUAUCAGGCUGUGGCACCCCCGCCAUCCAGCCUGUGGUGUCUGGUUACGCCCGCAUCGUCAACGGUGAGGAGGCUGUGCCCGGCUCCUGGCCCUGGCAGGUGUCCCUCCAGGACUACACUGGAUUCCACUUCUGCGGCGGCUCUCUGAUCAACGAGAACUGGGUUGUGACAGCCGCCCACUGCAGCGUGAAGUGGGUGCUGGCUACCGAGCCAUAACCUUCAUAAGUGUAGCAACAUGCUAACUGGCUAAAAGCUAGCUAAUGCUAACUAGCUAAAAAUAAAACUAGCUAAAAGCUGGAUAAUGCUAGUGCUAAUGCUAAUUAGCUGAAAGGUGGCUAGCAUAUGGUUAAAGUAGCUAAAUUAUGUUUAUUUUGUGAAACUAUUUCAGGACCUCUCACCGUGUGAUCCUGGGAGAGCACGAUCGCUCGUCCAACGCUGAGGACAUCCAGACCAUCAACGUUGGCCAGGUAAACUUCCACAAACAACUAUUACUACAACUUUUAACAUCUAUACUUUUAUUUUUUUAAGUAAAGAUAAAAGAUCAGUGAAAGUUCCACCUGGAAGUCACAUCAGCUCAAAUGAUCAGUUCAUGAUCUGUUUUCGGUGAAUUAAAACAUUGAAUCUUAAAAUCUCAAAUGUUUGUCGCCUUGUGCCCCCUUACUAGGUCUUCAAGCACCCCAAGUACAACGGCUUCACUAUCAACAACGACAUCACCCUGAUCAAGCUGGCCACCCCCGCCGCCCUGGGAACCCGUGUGUCCCCCGUGUGCGUCGCUGAGACCAACGAUGACUUCGCCGGUGGCAUGACGUGUGUGACCUCCGGUUGGGGUCUGACCCGCUACAACGGUAACCAAUCGCUACAGCUUUUCCCAUCAAGAUCUUUCCAAUCACCAGAGGUCUCAUUGUAAAGUCAGACUAACCUUGGGUCGUUGUUUCUUGACUAGCAGUAUGUUCGGUCUAGUUGAAAGAUUCUGUUUCAAUUGGCUCAGUCAAUUUGAAAUAUUCAAUUUCAGUUGGCUCAAUCUAUUUGAAAAAUUAUGUUUCAGUUGGGUUUCAGUCUUGCAUUGCUUAGUAGUCUUUUAAAACUAUGUGAGAAAGAUGGUGAUUGGCUGGCCGGUUCUGUAGUGUUACCUGACCCUUUGGUGUCCUCUGGUUCCAGCUCCCGACACCCCCGCCCUGCUGCAACAGGCUGCUCUUCCCCUGCUGACCAAGGCUCAGUGCCAGAAGUUCUGGGGCUCCAAGAUCACCGACCUCAUGAUCUGCGCUGGAGCCGAUGGCGCCUCUUCCUGCAUGGUGAGUAACACAAACCAUAGGGUUGCAAAAUUCAGGCAAACUUCCUAAACAUUCCUAGGGUUUCCAGAAUUCCUAGCUGGAAGAUUCCCAGAUUUUUUGCAAGCCUACACAAACCAUAUGGCACACUGGCGCACUGUUACAGGCCAUGACACUGAACCUACCACCGUCUGACUAAUGGCAGAGUUCAAUCGGAACUGUUACAGUUAUUUACACUGGCUUAAAACGUCAUUGCAUCGAUAAUAGCUUGGCGUUUCCUUAGUUCAUCACUUUUUGGAAACAGCUGAGCACAAACUCUGAACAUAAAAAGUGAUCACAGAGAGAGACUGACAUUUGACAGACUCUAACUCUUUCUAUGCUCCUUUCUGUGUUUCAGGGUGACUCUGGUGGCCCCCUGGUCUGUGAGAAGGCUGGUGCCUGGACCCUGGUCGGUAUUGUGUCCUGGGGCAGUGGAACCUGCACCCCCACCAUGCCCGGAGUGUACGCCCGCGUCACCGAGCUCCGCUCCUACAUCGACCAGACCAUCGCCUCCAACUAA